CAACAGCCACAAGUCUGAAGUGUCACAUCAGAGCGAACAGAGAGCCGACGAAGAUGGACGCAGUCCUGCUGCUCAUCAUGGCUGCAUCAGGGCUGAGUGCCGUCUCAUCACAGCUCCGUCGUCAGUACCAUUUUGUUUAUGACCAGAAGAACAUGACUGAAGCUCAGAAGUACUGCAGAGAAACAUACACUGACCUGGCAACUGUAGACAACAUGGAGGACGUGAAGAUCCUGAUCAACACAGUAGAUACAAGCAAAGGGUUCAAUGGUUUCUGGAUCGGGCUGUAUGAUGACGUGAACAGCUGGAGGUGGUCGCUGUCAAACACCAGCUUCUACAGAGACGGGGAGGCCGAGUUCAGACUGUGGCAGGAUGGACAACCAGACAACCUUCACAGUAGAGAGCAUUACACAGUGAUGCACAAUGAUGGACGAUGGCUCGACUAUCAUUUUAUAAAUAACUUCUGGUCGAUCUGCAUGGAUGUCAGAGGGCUGAAUGUGACGUUCGUCUUCAUCGAGACUCCCAUGACCUGGACUGAGGCCCAGAGCUACUGCAGAGAACACCACACAGACCUGGCCAGUGUGAGAAACAUGACAGAGAACCAGAGGGUAGCGGACCUGGUACCUGCAAACCAUAUAGUCUGGAUCGGCCUUUACAGAGACUCCUGGAAGUGGUCGGAUGGAAGCGACUCCUCAUUUAGGCACUGGGCUCAAGGUGAACCUGAUAACUCUGCUGGGAAAGAGGCUUGUGUGGUGGCAAACUUUCGCAAAGAUGGAGAAUGGUGGGACAUUCCCUGUGACCUGAACAGACCGUUCAUCUGCUACAGUGAGUGUUAACUGUUGAUUCCACUACUAUUUAUGUUUGGAUUUUGGUUUAAUUUAGCAUCAAAUCAAU